GUUUUUCCUUGAUGAGAGCUCCAUAUAAUCGGCCAGCCCAACAUAAAAAACGACGAUUACAUCAAAAGAAAAAAAAAACGCGAAAUGAAAACCCAAAACCGCGAAGGAAGAACGAACCAACUCCAAAAAAAAUCAGUACCAUCACACAAUCUUUCGUAAAUAGAGACACAGCCACGAGCACACACAUAUAUUCAAAAUCAACAGACAUACGUACAUAUAUAUACAUAUUAUAUAUGAGCAGACAUAUAUACUGCCUUGGUUAUGGCGAAGAAGCAUGAGCCUAAGCCUCCUGGUCAGUGGACGACCCUGGAGGAGCUUCUUCUGGUGUUCGCCGUUAAACGCCAUGGCUCCAGAAACUGGGACGCCGUAGCCAAGGAGCUUCACAGCCGUGUCGCGAUGCAGCGCAACUACGUGUCGCCCUCUGUUAUCUCCCCCGAGACCUGCCGCGACGAGUUUCUCCGCCUCCGCCGUCGGUUUGCGGCGGAGACGACGGCAGAUGAGGAGGAGGCUUUUCUCGAUCCCAUGCUCGACGAGUUCCGGCGGAUUCGCAUUGAGGAGCUCCACCGCGAGGUGAAACGGCAUGAUGUCUCGAUCGUGUUGUUAGAAUCGAAGAUUAAGAGAUUGAAGGAGGAGAGAGCGCGUAGUUUGACGGAGGAGACAGAUCUGCAAGGACGAGCUUUAGAGAAGGGAGAGACGAGACCAUCACCGGCGACUAUUACCGGGAAACUCUUUGCCGGCGAUGAGCCCAACGGCCGAUCCUCCGACGAGUCAGUUCCGACGGAGCAUAACCCAGAGUUGGCGAUGGCGUCGAGAGACGCCGAAAAUGACGCCGUAAAUGAACGCAAAUCGGCUUCGAAGAAUGAACCGGAAGGUAAAACCGGUACAAUUCCGAUUAAUCCGCUAACCGAACCGGUUAGGGAUCGGGGAUCCUCACCUAGGUUUACUAGAAACACCGACAAUGGUGAGGACAAGGGAGAUGGAGGAGAGGCGGGUGCGGCGGUAACUCGGGCGGGUCCACUCGGCGAGUCAGGCGAGUUGAGUGAGUCAAAGAGGGAUGCGGCGUCGUCGUCGAAACAAAGCAGCGAUGUCCAAAGCUUGGCGAUUCUGUCACGGAGGAAAUGCCGCCGUGUCCCCGGUAGAGGUACGAGCAGCGACGAGGAGGAGGUGGAUAAGGAAGAAAUUUCUCCGGCGGCGACGAAGAAGAUCUCAGCCGUGAAGCCGCCGGAGUCUAUGGUGAAUUUACUGAGAAGAAUCAGGUCUCAUCGGCUCGGCUCGGCUUUCGAACGUCGGCUUCGAAUCCAGGAAUCUGAUAGAUACCGGAGGGUCAUAAAGCAACAUAUGGAUCUCCGAACAGUCAAAUCAAGGCUCGACAGAGGCGCGUACUCAGAAGAUUCGAGAAAAUUCUACAGAGAUCUUCUCCUUCUCUUCAACAACACGAUCGUUUUCUACCGAAGAACUUCGACUGAACACGCGGCCGCUGUAGAGCUCCGAGCUUUGGUGACGAAAGAAAUGAAACUUAGGCUGAGAUACCGAUCUUUGAAUCCGAAAACGAGCAAACCCUUUAUCGCUCCUUGCGGGAAAAGCAGCUCGGUGAAGAAGAAACCGGAGAACAGAGAGGUUAAUCGCGGUAAUGGGUCUUUGGCAGCAGGACUGAAGGGUAAGAAAGAGAUUUCAUCGAAUCACAGCAAUCAAAGUAAUAACAAAAAGGGUAAUCAUACAAACGAAAAGACGAAGAAGAAUGAGUUUGGUAAGAACGAGAUCAGUUCUAAUGAUGCGCCCAUGAUCAAGAGUGUCGACGUGAAGAAGAAGGAAGUAAGGAAGAAGGAAGGAGCGGAAAAGUUCCUGAGAAGAAUGAAGCAAGAUUCUUCAACAGAAAGCGAUGAAGAGGAAGAAGAAGAAGAAGUGAAGGAGAUGAAUAAGAAGACGAAGAAUAAGAAGAAAGCGACUACUUCUUGUACGGGUGGAAGAGUGAAGGAAGAGAAUAUGAAGGGAAAGAAAACGGCGGGAAAGGUGGCCGGAAAAAGAGGGAGGGAGAGUAAAGGGGAAGGAAGCGGCGGCGGAGGAAGAGGGAGGAAGAGGACAAGGAGAUGAGAUCUAAUUUCUUGGAGGUAAAUGCCAUUGUGGCGGUGGUGAUGUUUUUUUUUAAAAAAGUUUUUUUUUACCUGUGGUCGUUUUUUUAAUCUGACAUAGGUAUUGUCUUUCUAUACAUAGGAAAAAAAAAGUUUUUUUUUUCAGUGGCGAGAGAGAAGCCAAGUUAAUUUUCCUUGGGUGCUUUUAAGUAUUCGGUUAGCGAUUUUCACUUGACGAGAAAUAAAAAUCUUGGUUAGCCCAAAAUUGGCAAUAUAUACGUGUCAAUUCAUACAUAUAUGCGUAUAUGUGCAUGUGUCAUGUAUGUUUC